UUUCUCUUCUUGUCAACAAAUACUACGCAUCCUAAGAAAUAUUUAUGUUGUAAUUAUGUGCUUGGUCUUGAACUUGAGUCAGUUUGAGUAUAACUAUCAUCAAUGAUUAACUAUUCAUUGGUGACAGUAUAAUUAUUUGAAGGUACUUGUACUAAUUUGUGUUCAUAAAGUUGUAGCCACAUUGAUAAUCUUUUUUUACAUCAACUUUUGUUUUGAAACAACUGUCAAUAAGGAAUCUUGUCACACUAAGCACAUUGCUUCUUGACAAAACUGCAUAAUCAUGCAAUGAUGUGACAAGUUUUAGGAAAAGGAAGUAUUCUCAACAUAUUGAUUUCUGUUGUUAAGAAAGAUAGAUCUACUUGAGAGAGUUGAUUCAUCUUGAAGGAAGGUUAAUUAUUAAGUUGUGUCAAGUCGCAAUGGUGGACAGCGUUUUCCGUACUCGAUCACUGGGCACAGCAGCUGAAGGUGUGCGAGACCAAUAUGCAGAUGGAAAGGCAGCUCAUGUAUGGGAGAUCUUCAUUGGAGAUAAGAACUCACGGACACAGCACUACCGAGAUUUUCUGGUGGGUCUGCUUCGUGGCAAGGGUUGUAGAACUGUAUUGGAUGUUGCCUGUGGAACAGGAAUUGAUUCCAUAAUGCUGUUGGAAGAAGGCUUUAAAGUAACUUCUGUCGACGCCUCUGAUAAAAUGUUGAAGUAUGCCCUUAAAGCUCGCUGGAAUCGUAGGAAAGAGGAAGCAUUUGAUAAUUGGGUGAUUGAUGAAGCCAACUGGCUGACACUUCCUAAUGAUAUUGCUGAAAUUCUUGGGGAUGGUUUUGAUGCAGUUAUCUGUCUUGGUAACUCCUUUUCCCACAUGCCCGACACCACAGGUGAUCGUCAGAAUCAAAGGCUAGCACUGAAGAAUUUUGAACAGUGUGUAAAACCUGGAGGAUUGCUUCUGAUUGAUCAUCGCAAUUAUGACCAUAUACUGCAGAGUGGACACACCCCAUCAAAAUGUAUUUAUUAUAAUAGUCAGCACAUGACAGAUAUCAGAACUUCUGUUCUGUAUGUAAAUGGCCAGCCCAGCAUUGUUAUAAUGGACUAUAUGAUUGAUGCUUCACCCAACAGUGAUCAGAAUUUAUCAUCAGUUGUUGAAAAGAAUGAGGAAGAAUCUGUGAGUCAGUUCAGAUUGUCAUACUACCCCCAAAAGCUAGCAGAAUUCAGUGAAAUGCUGGAGGAAACAUUUGGUUCUAAGUGCAAGCACACAAUCUAUGGAGACUUCAAACUACUCCAGCAAAUUGAUAUUCCAGAUUUCUACAUCCAUGUUAUGGAGAAGUUAACAUGAAUUGUCUUCCAGAGAUAACACUGGCUGUAACAACUGGUGACACUGUAGUGACCCUAAGAGGAGUAGGGCUGCCCAUCUGUAAGGGCCAGUGUGACUGGGCCCACCAACAUUUGAUGUCUCAAUGUAUAAAAAGUUGGUUGGUUGGUUUCCAAUGGCUACAUUUGGGAUCAUUUAACCCAUUUUGCUUCUUGCUUCCCAAUAGACAGCACUCAAGUUCUUGCUUUGUUGCAUUUCCUUGUUAAGAUUAUGGCACUGAAGGAGGUGUUCCUUUCCCAUGAUGUUCCUGGCAAGUUGCACAGUGUAUAUUCUUCUGUGUUAUUCUUAUCUUACACAGAUGUGCUGCAAGGCAGUGAUGUCCUGUAUUCAAUCGAAAAUUUGCAACAGCUUUUUUUCUGGGUUUCUUGCUGUUAAUUUCCAUAGUUUUCCUAUUUCUGACCAUAUUCUCAAACAAAAGAACUAUCAUGAGACAGAUAAUUGAAAUAAAAAAACUAAUAAAACUACUGGAAAACACAAAAAAAGAUAAUAUACAUUCAAUGGAUACCAUCACUUGUUGGCAUCAAUGGAAACGAUUUUGCUGAUGAACUGGCAAAGAAAG